AAAAUGGCAAAAAUCUUACACAGAAAUCAGGAGACUAGCAAAAGUCAAGGGAAGAGGAAAGGAGGCAUUGCAAAGAGAUAUAGGCCGAAAGAGGGGAAAUAAGAUCAAUUCUAUCAGGUUUCACUCCAUUACGCCUCAGAAUGGGAAGGGGAUAUUUAAGAAGUCAUUUUUGUUAUCGAAAUAUUCGAUAACGCCUCCAGAGAUGGCUGAAGGUAAUUCCCUGGCUACUAGAAAGGAAAAGAGAAGCAAAAGUACACAAAGGACUAUAUACGAUAUUUAUCUUAACGAUAGUAAUUUACAACGCGAUACUGAUUUGGGCACAAACGGAGCUUCAAAUUUUCCGGUUUACAACCACAAGAAUAGAGUUUUGUCGCCUGAUUCGGUGAAUUCAUCAAACCAACCAGUAAAGAAGAUGUCUAAGAAGUAUCAAUCGAAAGUAAAGAUCAACAAAAUUAAGAACAAAUGUUUGAUAAAUCGGAAUAAUAGCUCAGAAAGGAAGAUAAAGCUACUAACCCAAGAAAAUAAAUUCAGCCUGAAGCAUCUUCGGACUCAGUCUAAAAUCGCAAGGGCUCCGUUUACCAGUGUGAAUCUCAGGAUGGACCACAUCACGAAGAAAAGUGGGCCUUUGAAGAAUGAGAAGAGGAAGAAUUACCAAAGAGAUUCAUGCCAUAGCGUUAUGAGAUCCACCAGCUCAAAGGCAAGGAGUAUUUCUAAACCUCUGAUAUAUGUCUCUAAGGAGAUACACCAAGUUUCCUCUCUGAGCGAGGAGAUUGAGAGCCUUCAGAUGCUGCUUUCCGAGUCCUGACAAGAAAAUUAUAAACUCAAGUGUGAAAUCGUAAAACUUGAUAAUGAGCUUCAUCAAAGAGGUAUUAAGCAAGAACUUGAGCUGUCAAAUUUGCAGAUGAAGUUGAAGUUAAUGGAGGAGGCUCUCAACAAAAGUAAUUCGCAGAUAGAUAAAUUGAAGCCUCUCCCCUACCUACUUGAUAAGUACGAGCUCAAGCUUACUGAAUAUCAGAAUGAGAUUGACCUCAGGGAGAUUAAAAUACAAGAUCUUGAGGAGAAAAAGGGAAUUAAAAAUCACCAAAGUUUGGACGAUCUGGAAGAACGAAUUCAGUUCUUAAUCAAAGAACUUGAGAGAUGUAGAAACCAGCUAGAGAUCGAAGCUAUGAAGGAGCCUAUGGACCUAAAGCAGUCUCGAAUCCGAAUUGAUAGCAAGAUUGACUACCUGAUCGAGAAGGGAAAUGAAUAUAUCAGUUCAGAAGAUGACUCACUGAGUAAGGAGAUACGAAAGCAGUAUGAUAAAGCUAUCAACUGACACAGCAAAAUUGAAAUGGAAUUUUCCUCAUUGAUUUAGAGAAG